GCAACAAAGAGUGCGUGUCUUUAUGCCUUGCAGUGGAGACUGCAUUUCCCACAGUGCAUCUGUGAUGGAAACACAAAAGGCAAGUGGGAUGCAGGUUCUGCUACCCCCGGUGCAUCAGAGAAGCAUCUCUGGUUGGCUGGGGCUGCUCCCCAAUUACCCCUGGGUGCUUGGGCACAGGGCCCUCUCGGUAUGAAUCCAGCAGCUGACGGGCUCGAGCAUGAGAACGAAGAGAUGAAUCCCUGGCAGGGAGGUCCGGAGCAUGCGGAACCACGCGGGGCGUUCUCGGGAAGAUCCGAAGGGAUUGCUUCUCAGGGGGGGAAAACCGGGGAGAGUCGGCGCAGGUCCGGGAGGCAGCACCCAGUAAAACAAGAGGAUAAACAUGCCUGCCAUCGGCGAGCUUUCAAGGGACCCCAAGACAGCAACGCGGUCGCCGCCGAGAAACCCUAUAAAUGCAGCGUGUGCGGCAGGAGCUUCUCUCAGAGCUCCAACCUCCUGACUCACCAGAGGCUGCACACGGGCGAGAGACCCUAUAAAUGCACCAGCUGCGGGAAAAGCUUCAACACUAGCUCAGCCCUCAUCGUGCACCGCCGGACCCACACCGGGGAGAAAUCCUACCGCUGCCCCGACUGCGGGCGGAGCUUCAGCGAGGGCUCGGUGCUGAUCAAGCACUGGCGGACCCACACGGGUGAGAAGCCCUACAAGUGCUCCCACUGCGGGAAAGGCUUCAGCCAGAGCUCCAACCUGCACGCCCACCAGCGGGUCCACACCGGGGAGCGGCCCUACCACUGCGCCGACUGCGGGAAACACUUCAGCACCAGCUCCAACCUCAGCGCCCACCAGCGGGUCCACACCGGGGAGCGACCCUACAAAUGCCCCGAGUGCGGGCGGAGCUUCAGCCAGCAAUCCAACCUGAUCUCCCACCAGAGGACCCACCUUGAGGAGAAAUCCCACCUAUGCUCUGACUGCGGAGAAGGCUUCAGCACCAACGCCCAACUCCUGACCCAUCGGAGGAGCCACGCGGGCGACAGGCCUUAUAAAUGUCCUGACUGCGAGAAAAGCUUCCCCAGCCGCUCCGCCCUGAUCACCCAUCAGAGGACCCACACGGGAGAGAAACCCUACGAAUGUCCUGAUUGCCAGCGGGGCUUCACCCGGCGCUCGGACCUCAAUAAGCACCGCCGGGUCCACACAGGGGAGAGACCCUUUAGGUGUGCCAGCUGUGGGAAAAGCUUCAGCCAGAGCUCCCACCUCAUUACCCAUAAGAGACUCCAUGAGGAGACAAAGCCCUAUAAAAGUUGCGUGAGCACCACGCCGACAGUCCUCCAGGAACACGAUUCCGGUAAAGAUACCCAGAGCCGGAGAAGCGUCGGCCAGAGCUCGGCAGAGACCAGCGAUGGGGAAUCCCACCUAGCGGGGAAGCCCCAUCAAUGCCCCGACUGCGGAGAAAGGUUCGACGCCAGUUCCGAGCUCAAUGUGCAUCGGCGAACGCACCCACAGGAGAAAUCUCGUCCACGUGCUAACGCCGUGCAAAGGUUAAGUGGCUCCAAUCACAAUGCACGAGAGGGAGCUGACCCAGAGGAGGAAGCUGAUCUGGGGAAAAGAUUGAAGGCGAGCCCAGCACCCCCCAAUACACAUCCCAAAACCCCGCUGGAGGAAGAGUUCUCUCCGUGCAUUAGCACUGAGCAAAGCCCCCAACCCACCAGCUCCAACGUCAGUGCACGUCAGAGAUCCCACUCAGAGGGGGAAUCCUUUCCAUGCACUGUUACGAAGCAGAGCCCAGUGCCGGCUGCCCGCCAGGCAGAGCCAAGGGGCCGCAAGGCACGCUCUGAUCCGAGCUCGGCCCCUCCGCACCGUCCAGCGGCAAAGCCCUUCAGGUGCUCCGAAUGCGGGAAGAGCUUCAGCCAGAGCUCCAACCUGAUCAAACACCAGCGGACCCACACGGGGGAGCGCCCCUACACCUGCGCCGUCUGCAAGCGGAAUUUCAACACCAGCUCGACGUUGAUUGUACACCGCCGGACCCACACUGGGGAAAAAUCCUAUCAGUGCCCCGACUGCGGGCGCAGCUUCCGGGACAGCUCCGUACUGAUCAAACACCAGAGGAUCCACACGGGAGAGAAACCCUACAAAUGCUCCCACUGCGGGAAAGGCUUUGCCCAGAGCUCCAAUCUUCACGCCCACCAGAGGACACACACCGGGGAGCGGCCCUACCACUGCCCCGACUGCGGGCGGGGCUUCAGCCAGCGCUCCAACCUCAUCACCCACCAGAGGACCCACACGGAGGAGAAAUCCUACCUCUGUCCCAACUGCGGGGUUGGCUUCGGUUCCCGCCCGGCCCUGGCAGCCCAUCAGAGGGCCCAUGCAGAGGGCAGGCCCCACCAAUGCUCCGACUGCCAGAGGAGCUUCGCCCGGCGCUCAGACCUCGUUAAGCACUGGCGGACCCACACAGGAGAGAGACCCUACCUUUGCCCCCAGUGCGGGAGAAGUUUCAGCCAGAGCUCCCACCUGGUGGUCCAUCAACGAUCGCAUCUGCCGGAGAAGCCUUACAAAUGCACCGACUGUGGGAAAAGCUUCAGCACCAGUUCUCACCUCCUUGCCCACCAAGGGACCCACACGGCGUAGCCACGUGGCACUGGUGUGGUCCUAGAAAUGUCAGGCUGGACUGGGCCUCGAGAGGACAUCCAGUCCAGCCCCACCAGCGGAGGCAGGACCAAAUACACCUAGCCCAUCCCUGACAGGUGUUUGUCCAACCUGCUCUUAAAAACCUCCAGUUGGUGAGAGUCCCUCAAUCUCCGUAGGUCGCCUGUUCCAGAGCCGAACUCCCCUUAAGUGUUAGAAAGUUUUUCCACAUAUCUGGUCUAAAUCUUCCUUGCUCCAGAUCAAGCCAAUUACUUCCACUGGGACAAAUAAUACUGUUGCCUUCCUAUAAAUCACUUUUCACCUGUAGAGUUCAAAGCACUUCCCAAUUUCUAAUCUAUAUAUCCUCACAGCACCCCUGAGAUGUAGGGAAGUGCUAUUAUCCCCCGUUUUACAGAUGUGGGACUGAGAUGCAGAGAAGCUAGGUGGCUAACUUGAGGUCAGACAGGAAACCCGUGGCCCAGCAGGAAGGUGAAACUGACUUGCCCAUGUCCUAAGCCAGAGCCUUUACCAUUGGACCAUCCUUGCCCUCAGGUAGCUGAAAUCAUAGGCGCUGACUUUGUAAUGUGCCAGGGGGUGCUCGCCCCUGCUCCACACCAGGCCCCGCCCCCACUCCACUCCUUACCUCGA